UUGAGAGGCAAAUGACAUUUCAAACGGCAGAGGAUUCUAUUCAUGUCGUUUAUAAGGACAUGUAAGGUUAGAGUUCUUGUAGGAUGAGCUAGUCCACAUGGUAUUAUAACAAGCACCUGACUGAUAAAACACAAUAACUUGAGACCAACUAACUAGUCUUCUACGAAGAGAGUACGAGAUUGUAGGAAAUGAAGCAGCAUCACAAGCUGACGGUGGCGCUUUGUGGGAUAUGGGCGGCGACGCUUCUUUACGGUGAAAUGUUUUCCUUUUGGGUACCCUCUCUUUGGUCUUGCUCUUGGCCUCAUCUUCAAUCGUUAUCUUCCAAUUCCACGAUAAAUGGUGUAGGAAAUUAUGUAAAAGUUGCUGUCAUAGCAGACCCACAGAUUAUGGACAGAACCUCGCAUCAUCUACCUCCAAAAUCAUUUGCUUUGGAGACUGCACAAUUUUAUACUGACUUAUACAUGCGCAGGGCAUUCCUUUUGUCCAUCCUGCCUUUCAAACCUGAUGUCAUUUUGUUUUUGGGUGAUUAUUUUGAUGGUGGACCUCAUCUGUCAGAUCAAGAAUGGCAGGAAUCAUUACAACGGUAUAGGCAUAUCUUUGCUAUGAAUUCAGAAGGAAGAUAUUCAGAUUUUCAGGUUUACUCCAUUCCUGGAAACCAUGACAUUGGCUAUGCAAGCCUCAAUUCUCAUAAACCAGAGGUUGUUAGACGAUAUGUGGAAGGGUUUGGGAUUAGAAACUUCCAAUUUACAGUUGGAAAAGUGGAGUUUAUUGCUGUUGACGCUCAAACUCUUGAUGGUGACCCACAAGGAAAUUUAGCUUCCAUGACUUGGGAGUUUGUAAAAAAUGUCUCUAAGGACAUUCAGUUAGCUCCAAGGGUUUUAUUGACCCAUAUUCCUUUGUAUCGGCGGGACAACACCGAUUGUGGCUCUCACCGUAGUUCCCCAAUCAUAAAUCAGCGGAUUUCACGUUCUGCUCAUAGUCAAGAAAUUACGUACCAGAAUUUUGUAACUGAAGAAUCCUCAAACAAAUUGCUGGAAUUGCUCAAGCCGGCCCUAAUAUUAUCAGGACACGAUCAUGACCAGUGUACAGUGACACAUGAGUCAAAUUCUAUCCCCAUAAAAGAGCAUUCUGUAGGGACCAUAAGCUGGCAGCAGGGGAACUUAUAUCCAUCCUUCAUGCUACUAUCUGUUAGUAACUCUGCACAAGCAAAUCGAUCCGCUGCAGAAGAUGCGUUAAUUUCUCAACUUUGCUUUCUUCCAAUGCAAACACAUAUUUACAUAUGGUAUAUUUCCCUCUACAUUCUGACCCUUCUUACUCUUCUCUUCUGGCCAGCAAGUGGCAUAAGUUUUGAGCGUUACUUGAGUGGUCUAAUGGGAUAUAUCAGACUGUACAGCAGUAUGUUUAAGGGAGGUACAAAAGAGAAAAAUGAAGAUGAGAAUUUUGAGUACGAAGAGAUGUGGGAUGCAGAAGGAACAAUGCAUCUUGUAAAGAAACCAGUAAAUACUCCUACUUCAUGUCAUGGUGAUAAAGCCUCAGUUGGGAGGGGUAAUGCUGUGAUGCGACCAACAGCAAGAAAAAACAUUUCUCAGGAGAUGGAGAUAUCUGUGAACAUUGAUGGAAAUACAGAUCCAAACAUUAAACUAGCACAUAGAACAAGCAAAUCAAAGACAAAGAUCAUUAUCCGAAGACUAAUGAGGACUUUCCGGAUGGUUGUAGUCAUUGCUGCUAUAAAUAUACCUAUAUACAUGAUGUUGCUCUUCAAAGACUGGAUUGAUCAGUGAUUUUUACUUCCUUCAGCUCCUUGAAUAAUGCAUAUCAAAUAAAAUAAAAAAUUCCAUUGAUGUUGAA